AUGAACAAACGAAUUGCAGCACCCCACUCCAAGCUUUUCAUCUCUAGAUAUCGUGCGGUCUUCUACCAAGUGGUGGUGGUGGUGUUGAGCCUUCUUCUUCUUUUAAAGAGCCUCCCGAUCGUUCUUGGUUCAGAUCUUUCUCACAACAACAAACAAGGAAAAGAAGAAUUGAAUGUCGGAGCAUGCCUCAGUAAUACUGAUCGGCCACUUGGUGAACUCUCGGAACAAAAAGGAGGAACAAGAGCUCCACCCUCUUCCUUCACAGCUGAACUUUUCAACACUCACUCACUCUUUCUGAGUUUGUUGGCUCUUGUGGUUGGUGCAUUGAGUUCCUUCAUGCUUUAUUCUUUGAAAUUAAGUUUGGAAACCGUUUUGAUUCGUAUUCUCUUUUUUCAACUCUCCCUUUCUGAUAAGGAUGAAGAAUUCAUGUGGUUCAAUUCAUGGUUUUCCUAUCAUCCUUACACUUUGAGUGGAAGUUCUCAAAUUAAACCCUACAAACAGUCUCUGAAAAUUAAUGGAGCUGUCUCGUUGAUUCAUCGAUCCACAAGUGAUCGCAACGACGAUUCCUGCUCCUUGCAAAAUUUGAAUGAAACCUUAAAGAAUUUUGAAAAGAAGGUGAAUUUUGUUCCUUCGUAUGGCUAUCAUGUCAUUUAUGUGAAUUCUCAACCUUAUGUGAUUUAUUUACAAAUGACUGUUCAGAAUACUGUGAAUGAAGUGAGAGAAAAGGAAUUUAUUACUAUUUGGAAACCAAGAUAUUCAUGGAUGAAUAUGUGGAUUCGAUUCUUGUAUCCAUGCGUGGAUAAUGUCACCAAUUCACAUCAUGUGAAUGACAUGUUAUUAAGAGCAGGAUUUAAAAAGGAAUUUUUGACAUGGAAUAAUCUUGCUUCGAUCGAGUCACAACCUAAAGAGAGUUCAGAAUCAUUUCAUAAUGAGAAUGCAUCCAAUCACCACAAGAACCACCUUUUGGAGGAUAAGAAACAUUUGGAACCAUCUCAUUCAACAACUGCCUUUUCCAUGUUUACCGAACUUCUCCGCGAUUGUUUCUAUGUUCACACGUUAUUGACUCGUGAAAAGACAAAAAUUUUCACAGCCUAUUAUCAAUCAUGGGCCCUUGCCACUAUUAAGGAAAAACGUGAAGUGAACACUGUGAUUUUGGACGAAGGUGUUUUUGAAGAGUUGCAUUCUGAUAUUUGUGAAUUUUUAAAUGGACGUCAAUGGUAUAAGGAAAGAGGAAUUCCUUAUCGAAGAGGUUAUUUGCUGUAUGGAGAACCUGGAAGUGGAAAAACUUCCACCAUUAUGGCCAUUGCUGCUUGUCUCAAUUUGGAUAUUUGUGUAUUGAAUUUGGGAGCAAAGAACUUAACAGAUGAUUAUUUGGUUUCAUUGUUUACGAAUGCUCCUGCCAAUUGCAUGAUUGUUUUGGAAGAUAUCGAUUCUGCAUUUCCUAAAGUAGACAAAGAAAAAAGUGAGAAUUCUAAUUUUUCAGAUUCAUCAAGAACUACCUUCUCAUGUUUGUUGAAUUGUUUGGAUGGUAUUACUUCACAAGAAUCGAGAAUUGUCUUUAUGACCACUAAUUAUAAGGAGAAAUUACCUCCUUCCUUAAUUAGAAAUGGACGAGUGGAUCGAAGAAUCUAUUAUGGUCAUGCCACCAAAUAUCAAUGUAAGAAACUUGCAAGAAAUUUCUUUCCAAAUGAGUUCACCGAAGAGAAGGGAGAGUUAUUGUGGAAUCAGUUGAAAAAUCAUACCUUCUGCAUGUCACAACUUCAAGCUUUCUUUUUGAGAUGUAGAAAAAGUUUUUCUCAAGUUUUGGAGGCAAGUAAGGACUUUGAAAGCUUUUUGGAAAAUUCUCCAAAAUCUUCCAAAGUUGCCCCUUUAAAUAAGAACAAUGCCUUGACAGUAUCCUCCACUGAAUCUUCGCCAAGAAUUGAAACUAAGGAGGCUAAGGUCGAUGAAGACUGA